AUGCAAAAAAGCCUUUUUGUCGUCAUAGAAGGAAUUGACCGAAGCGGAAAGUCGUCCUUAGUUGCAGCCUUGAAGACAAGUCUGGCAUCGCACGGUGUUGUAGCAGAUGUAAUAAGCUACCCAAAUAGGAAGAACAUGACUGGAAUGCUAAUAUCACAGGUUCUUGCAGGUGAUAAAGAAUUCACAAAAGAAGCAACGCACCUGCUCUUUUCAGCUAACCGGUGGGAGGAUAAGGAGCGAAUUGAAAAUUUAAUGCAGCCAUGCGAAUACACUCGGGUUAUCCUGUGUGACAGAUACAUUCUUUCUGGUAUAUCAUACUCCAUUGCCAAUGGAAUUCCAAAGGAGUUUGCCAUGGCAUCUGACAAGGGAAUGACUCUACCCGACCUGACCAUAUUCCUUGAUGUUUCUCCAGAGACCGCAUCUGCUCGUGCAGGGUUUGGUCUAGAAAUAUACGAGAAGAAGGAGUUUCAGCAAAAAGUAUAUACAGAGAUGAAGUGCCUUUUGGACAAGUACAGGCACACAGUCAUUCCAUCUGAAACGCAGGAAGAGAUGCAUAGAAUUGCACUGAAGCGUAUUUUAGAUCUAAUUGCAGAAUGA